AUGCGCCGGAGUCGAACACCGCCUCCAUCGCCAUUCCGGGUCCUGGCACACCAUGGGGGACCUCAACCGGCUCAAGACUCGGGCGCCCUCAUCAGGUCCUUCAAUGUCGAGACCAAUCCCACUCGGCCGAUUCGCCCUUCUCCCUUGACGGCCUCCACCAUCCCCGACAUGCCUCUCGACCUGGUUGACCGAAUCCGAUCGUUUCCACUCUUCAUGUCCGCCCCCGAAGGCUUCCUCGUUGCCAUUGGCACCCACCUAAAACCUCAAGUCCAUUCCGCCCAAGACCACAUCCUCACAGAAGGCGACGAAGCAAAAGCCAUGUACUGGCUGGUACGAGGCGUGGUCGCCGUCACAUCUCGGGAUGGCGAAGCUGUCUAUGCCGAACUCAAACCCGGCGCAUUCUUUGGCGAGAUUGGCGUGCUGAUGGACGUUCCCCGGACUGCGACUAUCAUUGCAAGGACAAAAUGCUUGCUGGUCGUUCUCAAGAAGGAGGACCUGCAAGCUGAACUGCCCAAGUACCCCGAGAUGGAAAAGGCUAUUCGCCAGGAAGCACAGGAAAGGUUGAACAUCUUGAAGAAAAAGCGGCAGGAAGGCGGCCAGAUGAGCAAACCGUCGACCAAUAAGCUAGCCCGGGAAGCAGCGCCUGGCCAAGUUAGUACCGGAGAGUCGGGAAGCAUCAAGGAGGGCGCCGUGGUCAAAAGCAAGAAGCGCAAGUCGCCCAGUCCUGGCGUGAUUGACGACCCGACCAUUAGUGGUAGCGCCCUGGGAAGCGGUUACGUCAAUGUGCGAAAUACGCUUAAAGAGCUCCCGCUGUUCUCGACGCUGCCUCCCGAUAUCCUGCACUUCCUGGGCCUGAGCGCACAGCCAAAGUCCUACUCGCCUUUUACCGACAUUGUCCGUCAAGGUAGUCGCGGCAACGACAUCUACUUCAUUGUUCGUGGUGAAGCCGAGGUCGUACAUGAAUCCGAAAAGACGUUUUCGCGGCCCCGACUAAAACAGGGACAGUACUUCGGUGAAGUGGCUAGCCUAGGCUUGUCUGAGGGGAGAACUGCCACGGUCCGGUCCAUCACUGCAGUGGAAUGUCUGAUGAUCGGCGGUGAUGCCCUUGAAGAGCUCUGGAGGCGCUGUCCACCCGAAAUUCGAUCCCAAGUGGAAGAGACGGCUCGGAAGCGCAUCAAGGGAACGGAUGAAGAUGUGGAGAUGGUCGAUGCCCAGCCCGAAGUUACCUUUAUUACACCCUCGAAGCCAAUUUCGCCCGCGAAAGAGAAGACACACCAGCCUUCGGAUCCUGAUCCGUUCCUUAGCGUGGACAUGGAGAACAUGCGCAAUCGUCGUAGGAACUCGAUCGCCCCGCCAACUCCGCAGACUGAUGCGUCUGCUAUUGUUAACGGCAUGAAGGCUAUUACGCCCGAGAGCAGCCCGCUACGACAUCCUGUACCUGAUGGCUCCCCGAUUCCGAGCAAACGCGCACGAACCUUACCUUGGCGAUCAUCCACGGUAGAAUACGAAGCCAAGAAGCUUACCCUUCCAGAUGACAUCCUGGUCUGCAUCUUCCAGCACCUAGAUCUCCUCGAGAUGAUCAGACUACGAAUCGUUUGCCGAGACUGGCGUCGCCUGCUUACCACCAGCCCCAACCUCUGCACCCAUGUUGACCUCAGCUUGAUCAAUCGCAAAGUAACCGACUGGUCUCUUGUUCAUAUUCUCGCGCCCUUCAUCGGUCUACGACCAGUCGAGGUUGACAUCAGCAGCUGCUUCCACAUCACCGAUGAGGGUUUCCAAGCCCUGUGGAAGCAAUGCGGCAAGAACAUCAAAGUCUGGAAGAUGCGUAGUGUCUGGGACGUUUCCGCCUCUCAAAUUCUCGAAAUGUCCGAAAACGCCAAAAGCCUCGAAGAAGUCGACUGGUCCAACUGCCGCAAAGUAGGCGACAACUUGCUUGCGCGAGUAGUAGGCUGGGUGGUCCCCGAGCCUCCCCCCUCUCGCUCCUCUGAGAACGGCGGCAAGGUAGUCAUCGCCUCUUCCAACUCCCGCAGCAGCAACCGUCGCCUAAAGCCCACGGGCACCACCGCCAACGGCUCAGCCACCGGCACCGCUCCCGCCCAACCCCCGCCCGGCACCAUCAUAGGCUGCCCCUCCCUCGCCCGCCUCAACCUCUCCUACUGCAAACACAUUACCGACCGAUCAAUGCACCACCUCGCUCUUCACGCCUCCUCCCGUCUCCAAUCCCUCACCCUAACACGCUGCACGAGCAUAACCGAUCAAGGCUUCCAGUCCUGGUCUCCCCACCGAUUUCCCAACCUCACGAGCCUCUGUCUGGCAGAUUGCACCUACCUAACCGACACCUCCAUCAUCGCCCUGGUGAACUCGUGCAAGUCCCUAACCCAUCUCGACCUCUCCUUCUGCUGUGCGCUGUCCGAUACCGCCACCGAGGUUAUUGCGCUCGGUCUGCCGGGUCUGAGGGAGUUGAGGAUGUCGUUCUGCGGCAGCGCCGUCUCUGACGCUAGUUUGGGCUGCGUGGCGCUGCAUCUGAAUGAGCUUCGUGGCUUGAGCGUGCGCGGGUGCGUGCGAGUAACUGGUGUAGGCGUGGAGAAUGUCCUGGAGGGGUGUGGAAGGUUGGAAUGGGUGGAUGUCAGCCAGUGUAGGAACCUAGGGGGUUGGUUAGUUGGUGGAGGAGUAGGGAGGUGGGGAUUUGAUGAGCGUGUUGCGAAGAAGAAGGGUGAUGCUUUGAAGCAUGAGGUGAUCGCGAGCAAAGCACAAGGGGGUAAGAUGGGAGCUGGAGGGGUUGGUGGUGGCGUGCAAAGGCCGAGGGGAAAUGGCGGCGGCGGCGGACUGAGACAAAGCAAGGUGCUGGGGCCAGGACCAGUAAUGAGGCCGAUUAUUCCGCCGAGAGGGGUGACGAAUCAUCGGACGAGGAAGCCGAUACGGUUCGUGGUUGAGAAAUGUGGUCUCGAGUUGAGGUGA